CGUUGUCAUGUUAUUUGUGAACUUUAGCAAAAGGAAUUGAAUAACGAGAUAUUCAGAUAUUUAGCACAUUAGAAUUCCCCAAAAAUAAAACGUAUUACAUUACAAAUAAAUGAUUGUGACCAUAAUAAACUAAAAGUGAAAUGGCUGAUAGUAAGGAAAAUGAUACCGAAAAAACGAAUGAAGAUAAAGAAUUAGAUGAAUUAUUAGAUAGUGCUUUGGAGGAUUUAACACGAAAUCCAACAGUGCCUGCCAAAGAAAGUACAACGAAAAAAGAUGAGUCGAAAGAGGACGAAGAAGAGAUUGAAGAAAUUGGGCAAGCGAAUAUGGAAGAAUUUAAUGCACAGUGGAAUGAUGAAAUUAAGAAGUUAGCAGCUAAUUAUGAAUCAACAAUGGAAGCGUUGUUGGGUCAAUUUGCUCAAGGUGGACCUGCACCAUCGAAUCAGGAUGUAAAUAGUAGUAUAAAAGAAUUAGCAGAGGCUGCUAGUCAAGCAUUUUUAAGUGAGGGAAAAGCGAAUGAUGAAGUGACUGCCACAAUUGCAGAAACGUUAAAAAAUUUAUCACAAGGUGCUGAAAUGGCUAUGAAUAAUGAACUGAGCGAAGAACAUAUUGCAAGCAUGUUUUCAAAUAUGGGUUUAUCCGAAAAUGGUGAGGGAGAUGGUGGUUUUAUGUUACAAGGAAUGAUGCAGGCUUUAUUAUCCAAAGAAGUAUUAUAUCCUGGUUUAAAAGAAAUAGCCGAUAAAUAUCCAGCAUGGUUAGAAGAAAAUCGUGCAAAACUAGAUGAAACACAAUUAGAUCGAUACACCAAACAAUGUGCAUUAAUGAAAACCGUAUGUACGGAAUUAGAACAAGAAACGGAAGCAGAUAGUACAGAAGUUAAAAAAGAACGCACUAAUAAAGUUUUAAGUCUAAUGCAACAAAUGGAACAUUUAGGGGAAGCACCAGCCGAUUUAGUAGGUAGUAAACCAGCAGGAAAUGUCUUAGAUCCUCAAGGAGCUUGUUGCUUACAAUAGUUAAUACAUUAAUUUUAGAGAU